AGGUAACAUUUACCUUGUUAAUACAGCACGAUCUACAAGCUGCGCUGCACGUGGCCUACAAGGCUACGAGUCCAAAUGCCCGAGUCAUCAUACUAGCCUACUAUCCGAAUUUCCGAAACAAUCCAAUCCACGUGUGACAUGGCGGAGGUUCGAAGUUCUAUUCGUGACCUGUGGGUGAUAAUAUCCGGAAACACUGUAUUCAAAUCUGACGAACUCGUAAAAGCUGCGCUCGAAAGAAAUUCCGAGCAAGUUUUAAAUGCUACCGUUUACUUCACUCAAAAAUGCAAAGCCACAUACACAGCUCCAAAGGACUUCCAUCCGGACCUGUUGUCAAAGCUCAGCGGUUUGCUAGGACUAGACAAGGAUCGAAGUUAUCAGCUUUUCUGUUCCUACCUUGUCUAUGAGUAUCGUGGUACUCAUGAAGACCUGAAGACUGUGUUGAGCAGUGAACGUACCAUUCCGUGCAUCCUUCAUGAGGUAUGGAACUACUACUACACCGAGAGGCUCUUCAGCCUGUUCUGUUUGAAGUACAUCUUGGAGCACUGGCAGGACAGUUCCCAUCCCUACAGGGACCUGUUUGAAAGAUUUUUAAACAAGGUCAACAGCAAUGACGCUGUGGUAAAGAAGGUGAUCCAGCAGCUGGAAUCUCUCAUUGAUGUACCAGCACCAACACGAGAAAGUCACGGACCUUAUGUUACUAACACCUUGGCCACCCAGUGGGUCAGUUACAUGCUUCAAGAACAGUGUGAGCUACUUCAAAUCGUGCUUAUCUACUACAAAGAUAUGCAGCCAAAGACAGAAGACAUCUUGCAGCUGCUCAGCAUAUUUCAGAAGCACGGUUUUGGCCAACGUCACCCGUACCGUCGCCUUUUAAGUGAAGCUCACAGCGCCAUCCUCGACUUGAUCAGCCACCUGGAGUGCUUGGUCCUAAUUGAGAGCUUCGACUUGGCUUGGCUCAGGGCCUGCUGCGUUGAUGGCAUGACCGACCACCAUCUUCUGAAGGACAGUGCAAAAUUAUCUGAGCUGGACCGAAUCUUGUCCUCCCUCAGUGGACAAAAGGUUCAGGGCCCUGUACUGCUAGCUUGGCUGUUGGUACGGACGUGGGCCCUGCAAGACACCCCUGCUGCACCACUUGGUCGUACAGCGCUCAAACUUGACGUUUUUGGUCACUUGAACCAACUGCUUCAGCACCCUGCACUGGUCGGAAAUAGCGCCCUUGCAUUACGAGCUCACACAAUUGUGCGCGAGCUUCUGCAUUUAUUGCUGUCCACAUUUGAGCCUCACACACUUGGUCCCAUUGAGCCUCUGUUUGCUCUUUGCGAGAAGCUGCUUUCGUAUCAGUCCUUGGCUGAAAUGUUUUGGGAUCCGAGUGAAGAGACGGGACUGGAACCACUAUUCGAGGAAGCAAAGAAGGUUUUCCCACUCAAUCUGUCCCCUCUUCUUCGCUUGAUGGCAUCCUUGGCAAAGGCUGGCGACAGCAGUGCUGUGAAGGUGACGGCUUACUUUCAAGACCUCCCUUACUUUACGGAAACCUUGGAACACAUGGAAACCAGAGCGAUAUCAACUUUGCCAGAUGGUGUGACGGUCAAGCUUCUAGAAAGCAGACUGCCAUAUGGUGCAGGUUCAGUUGUCCUCCCGCAAGGCACAUGUGGCACUAUUCUUGUUUCAGAAGGCUCUUCUGUUGUACGGUGGCAAGCCAAAGUAAAUGGAUGGCAAGUCUGUCUAUUCGAGCUGGCAAAACCAAGAGAAAUGAAUGAGACCUGGUUGCGCAAGGUUUUCUACAUUUCACGGCUCCUUCACAACCUCCUUGAGUCUGAUCCUGGAGUGUACGACCUCCUGAUUCAUUUCCUCGAGGCCAUCUAUGAAAUUCUUCAGAGGUUACGAAUGCUGGCAUACCCUCCGAUCGAUGUCCUGGGCGAAUGCUUAGCCGUGGUUGCCAUCAUGGCCCAGAGGAACCCCACCGUAAUUUGGAGUCAGUUGGUGCAGACUGGCUUGCUCCCUGCACUCUCCACAAGGCCAAAGUCUUCCGUGGAGCUUGCAAAGGGCUAUUUGACAACUGAGAGCAUCCUCAGCCAGGCAAUGGCAUCUCAGGAACGUGUGAUAGGAAGGCAUCCCGUGUGCCUGGCAUUUCUCAAGUUGCUAGCCGCAGUGGCAGAGACCUUUGUGGAAGAAGUACAAGAAGACUUCCUGGCCUGCCUAGUAAUCGUCUUGCAUGACAUCUUCCCCUUGUACCACCAGUGGCCCUACGUCUCUGUGUCUGACAGGGAGCUGAUUGGUCAUCGUUGCCUGCUCAUUUUCCACAAGGUUAUCACGCUCUCCAAGACCUUUAAUCCCCAGGCUCUCGGGAGUUGUGAGCUCUGCGUGUACAGCCUUCUUCAUGGUGAUUCUGGACAGGCUUUGCUGCGGCUUAUCCUUGGAGGCGAGUCUUCCGUGACAAGGGCUAUCGAAUUUGAAGGGAGCCAACAGAGUGACGACCUGCUGAUGUCGGUCCGUCUCAGCUUCUCACUGCUGAACAGGCUUCUCCUCUUGGGGGCACCAGUAGCAUCACAAUCACCCUUGGAGAGGAGACUCCUGGUGUCUCCCACGCAGUCCAGUGCUGCCUGCAUAGUGACUUCCCUCGCCCAUUUCGUGUACCUGCGCUUUGAGCCUCGCCUCUGCACCCUCGCAUUGCAGUUGCUGAAGCGAAUAGCUAAGCUGUACCCAAUGUCCCUCCUGGCGUGUCUGGGCACGGUAGCGGAAAGCUUUCGAGACCAGGCACUGUUACGGCUGGGAAAGUUGACGGAACACGUGAGGCUCAAGGUGGCCAUCCUCGAACUGCUCACUGUCUGCAUCACCAACCAACCUGGUGUCUCCCAGCUCUUUCUUAGCGGGGGCGACAAGCAGGAUGAUAAAUCUCUUAGUCCAUGCUUGGAGAGUGUGUUGAAGAUUCUCAGAAUAAAGAAGGAGGGUGUGUACUACUGCCCUCCGGAUCUGCAUCAAGCCUGUGUCGAAGUGAUUCACGCUAUAUGGGCGUGCCACCAGCUCAGGGCUAUGGAGAGCCUGAAGAAAAAAAAGGACUUCUGGAAUCUUCUGUGUUUCCCCUUGCUAGAAAAAUCGGUGGCUAGUGAAGAUGCCCUGCUAGGGGCUUUCAUACUACGUACGAUGGCCCUGGAGCUAUAUCAUUCAAAGAAGGCAGUGGACCCUCAAGUAAAAUCCAUCUUUGAACAAGCUGAUAAGGAGGGCCUCAUAAAGGACUGGUCGAAGCUGGUCCAUACCGGUCUUCCACAACAAGAGGACCUGGACACUUCGGAGGACCUGCUCAAUAGGAGCGACAUCAGGGGAUCCCUUUCGAAUGCUCUGACACUCCUGGCUAGUUGGCGUGACCUCUGCACUGUAAUUGCCAAAUGUCCCCACAUCACGCUACCUGCGAGUGCCAAGGAAGCAAUCUUACAAGACAUCGUUCACAGCUUGAAGUCGAACGAGGUGCUCGAGAAAUUCAGAAUCAGCAUCUUACUCAGCGAGCUGUAUCUAAUUCUGCUGAAUCAGUGGGGAAGUGAUUGUCCCUCGGCCAUUACAACCUGGUGCAACAACAGUGAGCAACUGUUCAACUCGCUGGCAUCGGGAGUGACAGCGUUGCAUCCUCGACUUAUACUGUGCACGGUGGCCAUUGCCUCUUCCACAGUGAGGGUUCUCAAGAAGAAAAAGAGGACGGAGUCCAAAAAUGGUUUCCAGCUCGCUGAUGUGCGCCAAUUGGUCAGACCGCUCUGCCAGCUGCUGAAGUAUUUCUGCAGAAGGUCUAUGGAUGAACUGGGAACUACGGACCUUCUCUCGGUUCAAGUCUGCACUGGACUGGUGGUGCUACUUCGAGACAUACUCAGUGUGGACGGGGUAGCAACAGCGUGCCUUCGAACCUUGCAGGAGUUUCUCGUGGUAGCUGUCCUGGCAGAGCUCCUGUUCACAUCACUGAAGGUUCGAAAGGACCACCAAAUCGCUGCGGUUAUUUGCCAGUUGUUCCUGUCCCUGGCUUCAAACACAAAGUUUGCAGACGAAUUGCAAGGAACUGGCGUGACAGGCCAAGUGAGCUCUGUGCUUGCCUCCUGCUAUGCUGAGGGCAGUGGUAAAGGAUGGCUGCAAGUCUACCAGCUCUUUGUACAACUCGUCACGAGGCUUCUUCACACACUUCGACACUUUUUUGUGGAGGACGCACUCUCAUUUGCUGUUCUGCACUUGGACCGGCUACAUUCGUGCCUGAAGCAAGUACGGAGGAACCCGUGUUCCGUCGAAGAGGCAUUGGUCACGUGCCACCUUGUGUUCAACCUGGUGGCAUUGCGCAGCUCUUGGGUGUGCGACGGCCCUAACCCUAUGACGGUGCUCAUGAGAGGGGUCUCCUCCGCAACUUGUGCCACAAUUGCCUACCUGAGCAGACCGAGUUUGUUGCAGCACCUAGUUGAAUACAAGAAAGGCACCGUGACCCACGCCAUGCUGGAAGAAGAGCAGAGUCACCCAAAGCGUCAACUGUCCACCGAAGAGGUACCUGACCCGUCCCCGCAACUCUUGGAAGCAAAGACAAAACUGCAGGAGCUCUUGGCCAUCUGUCUGAAUUGCUGCCAACAGUUCAGUCCCAGCGUGUCCGAGGCAGUCUCGGACCAGGGUUUGGACGUCGAUCACUGGCAGCCGAUCGUCUGCCUGUCCUUUGCUUCACCCUCUCUGGAGCAGGAAGAUGCCCUCACCUUUGGCACGCUUCUGGCCGCGGCACACUUGUGCGUCAAGACGCUUACCAAGACCGACCGCAUGCAGUCACCAGCUGGAAGCAGCAAGCCACCAGCUAGUGCAAGGUCUUUGAUUUGUACAGAAAGGUCGCUGGUGCUCAUGAUCCUCGAAGUCAGCCUAUCUAUAUCCACGUCCCAGGCAGUCCUGUACAGAUUGCUUCCCAACGUCCCACCACGCGAGAAGCAGUUCCUGUCCCGGGAACUCAGCGCUGAAAUGGGUUCCGUGAAAAUGCAAGUGCAGCGCCACCUGAGGAGAGGGACGCCAGCCUCGCCCAGCAGUUCCAGGACUAGCUUGCAAGUUCCACCGGACCCCAGCUCAGAAUGGGGUCUGGUUCAGCUGUUCAUCAACAUCGUGGACAAGGUGUUCAAAUGAACACAGAUAAUAGCGCUUUUUAUAUAAUGCUGUUGUGUAAAUAUGCUCGGAAAAAAAUAUCAUGGAAAGAAUGAAUUUUAAUUAAUAACGUAGUCGUAAUAAUUU